AUGGCAGAAUGGAAACAUUUAAUAACAGAAUGGCUAAACGAAUACGCGGCCCUAAGAGAAUACGAACUGAAAAGUUUUGCAGCGGAACAUGAACAUAAUCAUGAAAUUGCAACAGCGUUAUUUAAUUUACUGUAUUGUGAAGAUGAAAAUGAAAGUCAAGCCAAUAAAAGGGCUGAUGAAUUCGAUCCACAGAUGCUAGAGAAUGUGUGUAUACAGUUGUUCAGUUUCUAUAGAUCUAAAGAAAUUGAGCUUCAAAGAUUCACUCUUCAAUUUGUUCCUACAUUGAUUUAUCGGUACUUAAGCUCAGUCGCUCAAGGCAACACUAAAUCAUGCAGAUGUAUUGAGACCCUAUUGAUUGGCUUGUACAACUUUGAAGUGGUUGAUGAAAAUGGAAAACCCAAGGUUGUCUCAUUCAGAUUACCUUCCCUUGCACAACCUUCAAUUUAUCAUGAGCCAUUGUCCCUGGGUUCACAAUUUUUAACAGAAAGUGCUCUGCGAAGAUGGGAAGAGUGUAAUACGAAGCUAGUCAGCUGGGGACCUCACUCCCAAGUUGAAGUUAUUAAUGCACAGAAUCGGCUUAAAGUAAUGGCAACUCUCUUCUUUGUUUAUAAUUGUCAACUAAGCUUAAUGCCAAAGCUAUCACUCAGACAUUUCUGCAUUGCUUCCUCCAGAAUAGUUUCUCAAGGUUUUAACAAAACAGUUGGUGCCUCGAUCGGUCGAUCGAUACCAAGAAUACCAGUUUCUUCGAACUUUCUUCUUGAAAUGAUCGAGGGUUGUUACUUUGCGAUGUUCAACGAAUUUUACACAUUAGCAUUUCAGGCUGUAAAAGACAUAGAUCAAAGAGCACAGUAUGAAUUACUACCCGACGUCAUGUUAGUAACAAGUGCUGUUAUAAAUUCACUGAAGAACAGUCCUUCUGGUCAACCAUGCGAUGGUCCUAUGGGUAUAAGUGUUGCACUAUCACCUGCUACAACAACUGUUACUAUGUCAAAAUCUAUGAUAACAAAUGCAUCUUUCCGUACGAAAAAAUUACCAGAUGACAUUCCAAUACAAGCUGGUCAAGUGGUGCAGACAGAGGCGACGGACAUUCUCACAUCGAUCACGGAAGAGGGAGAGUCUGACGCUCAAAUGCAGCGAGGGGUCGCUCCAAGAAACUCUAAACCUAAACUAAGCGCUUUUCCGGGACUAGGGAAAAAGUCGAAAGAUGGCAAAGAAAAAACUGGAACAACGGCUGAGAAAAAGGUCACAGUCAAAGACGCUUCGAAGGUCAUUUGGAAUUCUCUUAGUGGAGGUGGCGAUAUGGUCGACGCGCAACAAAAAACUAACGCUCUCGAUUCCUUCGAUGCCAACGGAAGCUUGAGGGACGAAAUUUCAAUGACGUCUGUUCACAACAGCGCUGAAAAUUCUGAUACGCGAUCGCAGGUGACCACCGAUUCCUUGGAUAUGGAAACGUCACCGCGCUUCGCGGCUAUGCAAGUCAGCUCCGUAUAAAAAUAUGCUAUUUAUCGUUCUUAGUAUAUUAGCUAAUUUGUAUAUGUUAUAGCUAUGCUGUGUUUGUACUUAUUCGGUGUAUGUAUUUAUUACUUAAGGGGUUACACCUAGUCAGCUUUUUCGAACAAAUCGAUUUUUCGUUUUCAACGGAUUCUUAAAGUACAACAUUUCAAAAAUAUUCUCUGACAAUUUCAAGUCAACGCAAUC